AUGGUCAGAAAUGUGUACCUGAGGCCUGAUGCAUUCAAUCAAGAGAUAAAUUUUACUUCGUCAUUUUGGGAAAUUGUAGGGAUGGAAAGCUUUUCAACUGAAUCAGAGGAGAAUUCAGGAGGGGGUCAAUCAGUGGAGACGAUUAUUCGCGAGGCGAGAUCAGAGAGCAGCAGGCUGCUGUUCACGCCUGCAGGAGACUCAAGUUCAAUCUUAGACGAGUCGAAAACGACGAAUAAAGAAGUUUUGCCAUUCAAAGGAAGUGUUGUCCUUGCAAUGGAAUCAGAUGAUCCUUACCUGGAUUUUAAGAAAUCCAUGCAAGAAAUGGUGGACACUCAUGGAUUGAAGGACUGGGAAUGCUUAGAGGAAUUGUUGGAAUGGUAUUUGAGGAUGAAUGGAGAGAUGAAUCAAGGAUUUAUAGUUGGAGCUUUUGUGGAUUUGAUCAUUGAAUUUGCUUCUUCUUCUUCUGAUUCGACUUCGUAUUCUUCUGCCGCUUCUGAUUUUUCUUCUCCUCCUUCUCCUCUGUCUCCAGCACUAGGUCAAAUGGCAAUUCAUGAUGGAGAUGAUACCAUCAAUGUACAAACUUAG